AUGAUUCAUAAUGGGAGGGGAACUAGUUUGAUGGCUACCAAUUCUUCAUCAAAUAGUAAUAAUUCAAUGAUUCCUGUAUUGAGGAGUCCUAAAGUACCUCAACAACAACAACCACAAAUCGAUUAUUUCAAGUUUAAUACCACAACUUCAUCAUCUACAACUUCAUCGGCUUCAUCUCCCUUGAGAACAGGUAUUCCAUCCUCGCAGAGCAGUUCACGAUCGUACAAUGCUCAUCACAAUAGCAGUAGUGGGAGCACAAAUGGAUAUCUAGAACCUUUGAGUCCUGCAUCGUCUUCUUCUACUGUUCCUCAAACUUUUGGAAAGUAUAUUAAUUUACCCUCAUUCUCAACCUUGAGCUCCUCAAAUGUUAGCAAUAAUAUUAAGAAAUCUCCCAACAAUAAUAAUUAUAAUAUUCUCUCAUCGCAUUCCAACAAUUCUGAUAGUCCUGGGAAGCAAUUCUCUCGAUCUGCUCUCAAUUCAAUUACUAAUUAUGACUCUCGAAGUAAUGACAGUGAUGAAAUAACUGAAGAUGAGUUUCUCAAUGGUACCUCAAAUAGUGUUGAAGGAGCUGGGUCAAAGAUUAAAUUUGCCGAUUUAGGCUCAAAGAUUUCAGCCAUUGAUGCUCAAGUCGCCCAACAAGAAAAGGUCAGAAAAAAGAGACAAAUGCAAAUUGAAUCCAUAGAGUCAAAGAUUGAUAAUGUUAAUACAUUUACAAAUAAGGUUAAUAGCCGAGUGGAUUCUACUAAUGGAGCUCUCGAAAAAUUGGAAACUCAACUAUUCCAUGAGAGAGGCAAUAGAGAAAGAGGUGAGAAGAAUAUUACCAAUCUCAUUGAAGAAAAGUUCAACCAGCUGUCCUCCCGAAUCGAACAGGAAAAGAAUGCACGAAUUCAAGAAAAUGAAAGCGUCAAAAAACGACUGAAAAAUCUGGAGGAGCAAGUUUCCACUGUUCACCUCAAUAUAGAAUCACUCUCACAGGAAUUAUCCUCUCAAUCAAAUCAGCUGCAUCUCCUCAGUACUAAUUUCAAUUCCUUCCUCAACCAAUACAAGACAGAGAGAAAGCAAUUGGCAGACUCAAUCAUAUCCGAAUCGAAAGAGACUCAAAUCAAAUUCACAGACGUCAAACAAAAGAUUAAUAAUAUGGAGCUUGACGUUCAGAAACAAAUAUCCACCCUUUCAAACCUCUCCAAUGCACAUAUAAAUGAAAUAACAACACAAUUGGAAAAGUUAUUUACAGAGAUUGGAACUCAAACUAGGCAAAGCACAGACCCAAUAUGGAGCAAAUUGGAACAAAUUCAAAAUACACUGGAAUCUCAAAAGAUUAACACUGCUCACCAAUUCAAUAAUGUACAGCAAUUAAUGAAUGCUCAGAAAAUGGAAAUCCUCUCUGAAUUUAUUCAACCAACAAGUGAUAAAUUGGAGAGACUCAUUAUACAGAAUGAUAAACAGAGUAAGAAGAAUUUAUUUGAUUUGAGAGCAGAUAUUGAAAAGCAACAGGAGCUCGUUAAUUCCUCCCUUAACAAGUUGCAAGACAGAAUUGUGAGUGAAGAAAAGGUGAGAGGAGAGGGAGAAGCCAACUUGCUGGCACUCUUAUCUAAAACAAUGUCAAGAAUUAAGAAGACCAUUGAAUCUCCAUCCCUAAUAAAUGAAGCUGACUAA